CCAGAACCCUCAUAUUUCAGCCACAAGGGUUUCUCUUUCUCUUUACCCUUUCUCAUUCAUACCCAAAAAUCAAAAAAAAAAGAAAAAAAGAUGAGUACUGGAGCAGCAUGCAGGGCAUGGAUUGUGGCAACAAGCAUUGGAGCAGUUGAGGCUCUGAAAGACCAAGGAGUUUGCAGAUGGAAUGGGGUUCUGAGGUCACUCCACCAACAUGCCAAGAACAACAUCAGAUCAUAUUCUCAGGCCAUGAAACGCUCUGCCUCUUCUUCUGCAGCCAUUUCUAAUCAUAUCAAGAGGUCAAAAGAGGAGAAGCUCAGGAAAGUCAUGGAAUUGAACUGCUGGGGUCCUAAUACUGUUAGAUUUUAGCUAGAUUAUCCUAGUGUAUAAGAUUCCAUGCCUCUCGAUCACCCUUUCUUUGGUCGAUGAAUAUAUCCACAUGGGUUAUCUCAUUUCUAGAUUACGAGUAGUCUUUUUCUCUACCCAGUUUAUAAUCAAGAAUUUUUGCCCAGAGCAAAAGUUUUCAUUUUUGGUGAAACUCUGGGAAGAAUCAACUUUUAAGGCAACAAGAAACCAGAUUCUCAUUCUCUUGGUGAUUUUUGUG